UUGUGUGUCUGGUUUUGCAUUGAGCUGCGGGCCUCGUUCACACGUUGAGGGGGCGCUGGACUGUUCCUAUCUCCCCACUGGUAGCAAGUUGUACAAGCCACCACACCCUUGGAGAUCAAAUAGGAAAUCGAUUAGGGAACACAAGUAUCGCGGAGACAGGAAUGGCGGAAUAUAGUCAUUCUUUGUUCUAUUUUCGUUUCUUAUUCUGGACAGUUUGAAAAGAAUCUGGUGUGCAAAUAGCCCACCUAUUUGUGCAGGAAAAAUCGAUCACUGUUUUCCUAUCUCUGUGCUGUAGAUAUCGUGCAGAGUGAAAUGUGGGAGACCUAGUAACCUGUCCUUCUGAGGCAGCAGAUCCCCUCUGCGGCUGUAAACAACAACAAGACAGCGCUGUUAUUAAACAUUAAACAUUAAUAUUAAAGAUUCAUGUUGAAGGAGCAGGAGCUCCGCCCACACCAUUAUAUUGUGUUCCCGGUAAUCCCGGGGAUGUUGAUCUGAGUCAGUUCCCCUUCUGUCUCUCUCUGUGCCUGGGAGUGCGGGUCUUUGCCUGAACCGCACACCCGGAGGAGGAGCCUGCUUUUCUGGAAGGAGGAAGGGGAUCAGUUCCCGGAGAGAGCGGGAGCCCUCGGGACCAGGACAUGCGCUGUGUAAUAGCGGAUUAGAGCCGCCGAUUCCAGCGCAGCGGAGCCGGACAGGGACCGGGAAGAGGCGAUGGACUGGAGCGGGCUCUGGAGCACCAUCCGCCGCUGGUGUGUUGGAGAAGAGAACUGGGUGGAUAGUCGGACAGUUUACAUUGGACAUCGUGAACCCCCUCCAGGCACAGAUGCUUACAUUGUACAAAAAUAUCCCGAUAACAGGAUUGUUUCUUCAAAGUAUACUUUCUGGAACUUCAUUCCUAAGAACUUGUUUGAACAGUUCAGAAGAAUUGCUAACUUCUAUUUUCUGAUCAUAUUCCUUGUGCAGUUGAUCAUUGAUACACCAACCAGUCCAGUAACUAGUGGACUUCCACUCUUUUUUGUAAUCACUGUGACUGCAAUCAAACAGGGAUACGAGGAUUGGCUUCGGCAUAAAGCAGACAAUGCGGUAAAUAAAUGUCCUGUUCACGUCAUCCAGGAUGGCAAAGUAGUUCAAAAACAGAGCAGAAAAUUGCAGGUUGGAGACAUUGUAAUGACCAGGGAGAAUGAAACUUUUCCAUGUGACAUGGUCUUCUUGUCUUCGAGUAGUGAUGAUGGAACAUGUUUUGUCACUACAGCCAGCCUGGAUGGUGAAUCAAGUACUAAGACUUAUCAAGCUGUUCAAGAUACGAAAGCUUUGCGAACUGAGGCAGAAGUGGACACCUUGAAUGCAACCAUUGAAUGUGAACAGCCACAGCCUGAUCUUUACAAUUUUGUUGGACGGAUCAAUAUUUACCAUGAGACAGAGGAACCCAUUGCAAGGCCGUUGGGAUCAGAGAAUGUGCUGCUGAGGGGAGCAACAUUAAAAAAUACCCAAAGUAUUUACGGUGUGGCGAUAUACACUGGCAUGGAAACUAAAAUGGCAUUAAAUUACCAAUCCAAGUCACAGAAACGUUCAGCUGUAGAAAAAUCAAUGAAUAUGUUCCUGAUUGUAUACUUGUGCAUAUUGAUUAGUAAAGCUUUGAUAACUACUGUCCUGAAAUACUUGUGGCAAAGUGACUCUGUUCGGGAUGAGCCUUGGUUUAACAUAAAAACACAAGCAGAACGGCAAAGGAAUAAGUUCCUGUCAUCAUUCACGGAUUUUUUGGCCUUUAUGGUCCUUUUCAAUUAUAUCAUCCCGGUCUCCAUGUAUGUCACUGUAGAAAUGCAAAAGUUUCUUGGUUCCUAUUUCAUCUCUUGGGAUGAGGAGAUGUUUGAUGAUGAAAUCUGCGAAGGGCCAAUUGUCAACACAUCAGACCUGAAUGAAGAAUUGGGGCAGGUUGAAUAUGUUUUUACAGACAAAACAGGAACCCUGACUGAGAAUAACAUGGAGUUUAUUGAGUGCUGCAUCGAUGGUCAUGUCCAUGUUCAGCACUCCAUAUCUAACGGUCAGAGCUUUUACAGCAAUGCAGUGAUCGAUUUCAUUGAUGCCCCUACUGGAAUAGCUGAUCAGGAAAGAAAGGAGCUGUUUUUCCGUGCACUGUGCCUUUGCCACACAGUCCAAGUUAAGAGAGAAGAUGAGAAUGAUUAUCAGAAGCAACACCAAGAUGGGAGAUCCUCAGUUUACAUUUCCUCUUCACCAGAUGAGAUUGCUCUAGUUGAAGGUGUAAAGAGACUUGGCUACACAUUCCUGCAAGUAAAAGACAAUUUUAUGGAGCUUGAGAACCCAGAGGCUGAAAUUGAAAGAUAUGAAUUACUCCAGAUAUUGAAUUUUGACUCAGUGAGACGCCGUAUGAGUGUCAUUGUUAGAUCCAUAACAGGAGAAAUAAUCUUGUUCUGUAAAGGAGCUGAUUUGUCCAUUUUCCCCAGAGUGAAGGCAGGGAAGUUGGACCUGGUCAGACAAAGAGUUCAGCAAAAUGCAGUGGAGGGACUGCGAACUUUAUGUGUGGCUUACAAAGUCCUUACCAGUGAAGAAUAUGAUAAUGUUCAUACACGCCUUCAGAAUGCUAAACUAGCCCUCCAGGAACGUGACAGGAAGCUUGCUGAAGUUUAUGAUCUGAUUGAAAACGACCUUGAUUUACUUGGAGCAACAGCUGUGGAAGACAGAUUGCAAGACAAAGCUGCUGAGACUGUGGAAGCUUUACAGAAAGCUGGGAUGAAGGUCUGGGUUCUUACAGGAGACAAGAUGGAAACAGCUGCAGCCACGUGCUAUGCCUGCAAACUUUUCAGAAGAAGUACACAGUUGUUUGAGCUGACGACUAAACGAAUAGAAGAGCAGAGUUUACAUGAUGUGCUUUUUGAUUUGAACAGGACAAUUAUCAGACAAAGUGGUAGUUUGCCAAGAGACACUUAUUCAGGAGAAUAUGGAACAUUUGUUAAAGUGCAUCGACAUUCUCAUUUCACGGAUCACUUCUAUGCGACUAUUGACGGAUUAUCUCCACGAACAGCUUCAGAAACCCGAUUUUCCCAGCAUGAUUUUCAUGAUUAUGGUUUGAUCAUUGAUGGGACCACACUCUCGCUCAUCAUGAAACCUGCUGAAAAUGGUUCUUCAAGUAAUUACAAAGAUCUGUUUCUGGAAAUAUGUCACAACUGCAGUGGAGUCUUGUGCUGCAGAAUGGCACCGUUACAGAAAGCACAGAUUGUUAAAUUAAUCAAAUCUUCAAAAGAACAUCCCAUAACCUUGGCGAUUGGUGAUGGGGCGAAUGAUGUCAGUAUGAUUCUGGAAGCCCAUGUUGGAAUCGGUAUUUUGGGGAAGGAAGGCCGUCAAGCUGCUCGAAACAGUGAUUAUUGUAUUCCCAAGUUUAAACAUCUAAAGAAGUUGCUGCUUGUCCAUGGUCACUAUUAUUACAUAAGGAUCGCCCAACUUGUCCAAUAUUUCUUCUAUAAGAAUGUUUGCUUCAUAUUCCCUCAGUUUUUGUACCAGUUCUUUUGUGGAUUUUCUCAACAGCCAUUGUAUGAUACUGCGUACCUUACAUUGUACAACAUCAGCUUCACCUCUCUUCCCAUCCUGUUGUACAGCCUCAUGGAACAACAUAUCAGCAUUGAUGCACUGAGAAGAAACCCAUUAUUGUAUAGGGAUGUUGCCAAAAAUUCCUUAUUGUGUUGGAAAUCAUUCAUUUACUGGACUUUCCUGGGAGUAUUUGAUGCUGUGGUGUUUUUCUUUGGUGCUUACUUUAUAUUUGAUAAUUCAACCAUGACCAGCAAUGGACAGCUAAUGAGGGCCAACUUGAAUAUGAUGUUUGGAAAUUGGACAUUUGGGACCUUAGUUUUCACUGUUCUGGUAUUUACAGUAACUCUUAAGCUUGCACUAGAUACUCAUCAUUGGACAUGGGUAAACCACUUCGUAAUGUGGGGUUCACUGCUCUUUUACAUCAUCUUUUCUUUCCUGUGGGGAGGUAUUAUCUGGCCUUUUCUGAAUUACCAGAGAAUGUACUAUGUCUUCAUGCAGAUGCUUUCAACAGGGCCGGCCUGGUUAGGGAUUAUCCUGCUAAUAACAAUCAGCCUCCUUCCAGAUGUAGUUAAAAAAGUGCUUUGUAGGCAACUUUGGCCAACAGCAACGGAAAAACUUCAGGAUAUUCUUAGGCAGAUCAAGAAGGAUCAUGUAUCAGAAUUCAGCCCACUGGCUCCUCCUCAGAGUUCCACCUACACAAAUAACAUCUACCGGCGCCAUCAACAAACAAAGUCUAUCUCUACUCCAGAUUCCAGGAAGGUGACACAUACGUAUUGGGUAGAGGAUGAUUAUUGUAAUAACCCAUCAUUAUUUGACUGUUCUGGUAACCAUUGUCCAUCCGAUGCUCGCUACAUUUUUGUUCCAUCAGGUUUGGAAACUACAGUCUAACCUGCAGAACUUUACAUUUUAAUCCUGUGGUUUUGAGUUCAAUGACUCCAGUUUUUGAAAGAUUGCUGUACUUAAAAGCUUAAGAAAUCUUUCUGGACUCCAACAUUGCAAGUAUCCAUUGAGAACUUGAAUAAGACUUCUGCAUUCGUCCUGGGCAGCAAGUCCCAUGUGCUGAACUGAAAGUUAAGGCACAGUCUGGUACUGUGUGGCUGGUACUAUUACAUAACAUUACUGUAUUCCUUAAGAUGCUGCUUUGUCAUCCGGUAAUACUAAAACUGUGUGACAUCCAGUAAACUGAUCAUCAAAUUAUUAGCAAGGCAGCAUCGACAAAAGGAAAAUCUGCCAGCAAUCAAUGUGUAUAUUGAUGUUACUUUAUAUUUUGUUCCUUCAAUAAAGCU